CUUCAUUUAAAUAUAUUUCAAUAUUAAGAAGAGUGCUUCAAAGGUUUAUUAUACACAUAUAUAUUUUUUAAGAUCUAGCACUGAAUAGCCUUAAGGACUUGGACUACCAAGAAACCGCAUCCAAAAUUAUGUUUCGAAAUCAAUACGACAGCGACGUGACCGUGUGGAGUCCACAGGGGCGUCUCUUCCAGGUGGAGUACGCCAUGGAGGCGGUCAAUCUGGGCACAGCCAGCGUGGGCCUGAAGAGUGUGGACUUUGCGGUUGUGAUCGGCCUCUAUAAGCCGUCCGCGGAGGUGGGCCUAACCCAUCCGAAGGUCAUGUCCAUCGACCGGCAUGUGGGCAUGUGCGUGGCGGGCAUUACGGCGGACGCACGCAUCCUGGGCCAAUAUCUGCGCACGGAAUGCCUCAGCUACAGGCACUCGUACAACUCCAGCUAUCCCGUCUCCCGCCUGGCCACGAAUCUGGGCAACAAAAUGCAAAUAAGCACCCAGCGCUACGAUCGCCGGCCGAUCGGCGUGGGUCUGCUGCUGGCCGGCUACGAUGAGAAGGGCAGCCACAUAUACCAGAUAAUGCCCUCGGCCAAUGUGUUCAACUGCAAGGCGAUGGCCAUUGGGAAUCGGUCGCAAGGUGCUCGCACCUAUUUGGAGCGCUACGAGGCGGCGUUUCCGGAGUGCACCAUGAACGAGCUGAUCUGUCACGGCAUUCAGGCAGUCAGCUUUGCCGCGCCCCUGGACGAGGAGAUGAGCAUCUGCAUCGGAAUCGUGGGCAAGGACUUUCCGUUCAAGAUACUUACGUCAGAGGAGAGUAUGUCAUAUCAGAAAACUUGCAGCGGUCUUGAUGAUUUUGAGAAUCCGGGCAGGUGGGAACCACCUCAAAGCUAUUCUAUCCAUGAUUUUGAUCCGGAUCCGCCAACUACAAAUAAUCCACAAGCUCCGAAAAGGGAACCAUAAUUUUCCAAUAGUUUUUGUUCACUUAUGAGAUUAGUAAUAAAGUAUUUUCAAAUUCCUC